AUGGGUGCUUUCAGGUUAACUCAACAGGAACAUAAACUUAGUUUUCUUCAUGACACUGUUGUUACUGAGUGUCAUGACUUUUCUGGAACUACAUUUGGUUUUGAGUUUGUUGAUUACCAGUCUAUUAUCUCAUUGGCCCAUCCUGAAAACACUGCUAUCGAUGUUAUUAGAUUAAUCGUUGCAUUUGGUGACAUGGUGCGAGACAAUGCUGAUAUGAAAAAACACAGGCUCAACCUCCAAAUCCAAGAUGCAAAUGGUUUGCAACUGAGUGUCAAUUUGUGGGGUGAUUUUGCUUACAAAAUGCAAGGCUUUCUUGAUAACAACCCGCACAAUCUUCGUAUCAUUGUUAUCAUUCAAUUUUCAAAACUUAGUAUUUGGAGAGAUCGCCCCACAGUUAACACCUACUUUACCGUGUCAAAGUUGUUCAUUAACACUGACAUUGAUGAAAUCAAUGAUUUUAAGAAAAGUUUGGAUGGAGAUGAUCGCCCGGAUUCAUCCAUGAAUACAAUGACACUUAUGAUGUCUAAUAAGGUUUCUGAACAUGAUGAUUUCAUGGUUAAGUUUCAGUUGAAGACUAUUGCUGAUGUUUCUGAACUUGUGGAGCUUGGUUUUGGUACUGCUUUUUAUCCCGGAGAGAUAAAUGCACCGAAAGGUUUGAAAUUGACUUUUAAAAUAUCAAUCAAAAACUUCAACAUCUCAAAAAAGAACAACCAAUACAGUAUAUGUAGAGUCAGUGAUGAUGAAAAGUUGAUUGAAGAACUGGAAAAUAAGUUUACCGCUUCCCAGGUUGGUAAUUCACAGUCAUUUGAUAUUGGUGAAUCUGAUUUUGAAACACAAAAUAAUAGGACUUUGAAGGAUCAAAUUUCUGGGACAGACGACAACAUAACACCUUCCACAGUUGAUAAAAACUCAGCAACAAGUCCCAUGAAGAGUUUCAAUACACAAACAGUUUUGAAGAGAAAUUUGGAAGAAGUAUUUGAUUUGGAGUUGAAUGAAAAGUUAUCAUCAUCAAAAACUCCAAAAAUUUCACCAGAAGGACGCAUUAACCAGAUUGUGAAGGUCAAGUUGGAAAAAAGUGGCUGA